AUGUUGAGACUCCUCGGCGGCUUGAGCGUUUACUUCAAGUACCAGGACAUAAAGACUGACAACGCCGUGUUCAGGCUCCACAAUGUGUUCACAACGGUCCUCCUUCUCACCUGCUCGCUCAUCAUCACCGCCACGCAGUACGUCGGGACGCCCAUUCAGUGCAUCGUCAACGGCCUGCCCGCUAACGUGGUGAACACCUUCUGUUGGAUCACCUCCACCUUCACAAUGCCGGAUGCCUUCGCUAGAGAGGUCGGUAAAGCGGUGGCACAUCCCGGCGUGGCCAACGAGUAUGACAGCACACAGGAGAAGAAAUACUACACCUACUACCAGUGGGUGUGCUUCGUUCUGUUCUUCCAGGCAAUAAUGUGCUACACGCCCAAGUUCCUCUGGGACGCGUUCGAAGGCGGCCUGCUGCGCACCAUAGUCAUGGGCCUCAACGUGGGCAUCUGCGAUCGGGACGAGAAGGAGAAGAAGAAGGAGGUCAUCAUCGGCUACCUCAUCAGGCACGAGCGGACGCACAAGCUGUACGCGCUGAGGUACUGGGGCUGCGAGCUGCUGUGCCUCGUGAACAUAGUGCUGCAGCUGUGGAUGAUGGACGCGUUCUUCAACGGCGAGUUCCUCUCGUACGGGACGCGGGUGCUCGGCUACAGCGAGGUGCCUCAGGAGCAGAGAUACGACCCCAUGAUCUACGUGUUCCCCCGCGUCACAAAGUGUACGUUCCACAAGUUCGGCGCGUCAGGAACAAUACAGACACACGACAGCCUCUGCAUCUUACCCCUCAACAUAGUCAACGAGAAGACGUACAUCUUUAUCUGGUUCUGGUACAUCAUACUGGCGGUCAUCCUAACCCUGCUGGUCGUCUACCGGCUGGUGAUAAUAUUCGUGCCGUCGGUUCGGCCGAGGCUGCUGCACGCCCGCUCGAGGACCAUCGCGAUGGAGACGGCCGCGCUGCUCUCGAGGCGGACGGACGUAGGCGACUGGUGGCUGCUCUACAUGCUGGCCAGGAACAUGGACCCGAUAAUAUACAGAGAACUGAUAGCGGAGCUGGUGAAGCAAAUGGGCGAGAAGCCGGGGCCGCGCGCG